GGAGGGAGAAAGACGGAGGGCAGGACUCCAUUAAACCGACGCUGGCUGGAAAACUGUUUGGGAUACUUCACUUCUUCAGCGAGUUCUUCUGGGCUUUUGUUCCGAUAUUUUCUCCCAGAAAAAGACGUAAUACAUGAUUUAAGGAGGGGACACGUCGCUUUGUGUCGUGUAGCUAACAACAGUUUGAGUGCUUUUCGUCUCGUUGAAGGAUGGCUCUGGAUGGGAUCCGGAUGCCCGAUGGCUGCUAUGCCGACGGCACAUGGGAGCUGAAGAUGCAUGUCACCGAUCUGCACAGGGACGUGUCGCUAAGGGUCACCGGGGAAAUCCAUAUUGGUGGAGUUAUGCUCAAACUGGUGGAAAAAUUAGAUGUGAAGAAGGACUGGUCGGACCACGCCUUGUGGUGGGAGAAGAAGAAAACAUGGUUGCUGAAAACCCACUGGACGUUGGACAAGUAUGGCAUCCAGGCUGAUGCCAGGCUGCUCUUCACCCCCCAACACAAAGUGCUGCGUCUUCAGCUGCCCAACAUGAAGCACAUGAAGGUUAAGGUGAACUUCUCAGACCGAGUCUUCAAGGCUGUGUCCGACAUCUGCAAAACAUUCAAUAUCCGGCACCCAGAGGAGCUGUCUCUACUGCGCAAACCCCGGGAUCCGAAGAAGAAAAAGAAAAAGUUAGAAGAGGCAGAGGAGGAUGAUCUGGAGCUUGAGGGUCCACUGCUGACUCCAGGAUCAGCCUCUGAAAUAAUUUACAUCGGACCUGUCAAAGGGAGCAUCUACUCAAGUCCAGGAUUAUAUAGUAAGACCAUGACCCCCACGUAUGACUCCAGGGAUGGAAGCCCACUAUCUCCCACCUCAGCCUGGUUUGGGGACAGCCCACUAUCUGAGGGCAAUCCCAGCAUCCUCGCUGUCAGCCAACCAAUUUCCUCACCAGACAUACUGGUCAAACUCUACAAGCCCCAGUCUCUGUUGGAUAAAGCAAAAAUCAAUCAAGGAUGGAUGGACUCAUCCAGGUCUCUCAUGGAGCAGGACGUAAAGGAGAAUGAAGUGCUGCUGCUGAGGUUUAAAUACCACAGUUUCUUUGACCUCAACCCAAAGUAUGAUGCCAUUCGUGUAAACCAGCUGUAUGAGCAGGCAAAGUGGGCCAUCCUUCUGGAAGAAAUUGAGUGCACAGAGGAGGAAAUGAUGAUGUUUGCUGCCCUGCAGUAUCACAUCAACAAGCUGUCAAUCAUGUCAACGGACAACCAUAUGAAUAACAGUGAGAAGGAGGUGGAUGAGGUUGACGCCGCUCUCUCUGAUCUGGAGAUCACUUUGGAAGGAGGGAAAACCUCCAACACACUGGGGGACAUCACCUCGAUUCCUGAGCUCGCAGAUUAUGUCAAAGUUUUCAAGCCCAAAAAGUUGACACUAAAGGGCUACAAGCAGUACUGGUGCACAUUCAAGGACAUCACAAUUUCCUGUUACAAGAGUAAAGAGGAGGCUCAUGGGACACCUUCUUACCAGAUGAACCUCAGAGGUUGUGAGGUGACGCCAGAUGUUAAUAUCUCAGGUCAGAAAUUUAACAUCAAGCUGCUGAUCCCUGUGGCUGAUGGGAUGAAUGAGAUCUGGCUUCGGUGUGACACGGAGAAACAGUAUGCUCACUGGAUGGCUGCAUGUCGGUUGGCGUCCAAAGGGAAGACCAUGGCCGACAGCUCGUACAACCUGGAGGUCCAAAAUAUUCUGUCCUUCCUGAAAAUGCAGCACAUGAACCCCGACCCUCAGUUCAUCGAGCCGAUCACCACGGAUAUCAACCCAGAAUGCCUGGUCUCGCCGCGUUACCUUAAGAAGUACAAGAACAAGCAGCCAGGCUAUAUCAGGGACUUGAUUUCAGCCCGGAUCCUUGAAGCCCACCAGAACGUGGCUCAGAUGAGUCUCAUUGAGGCAAAGAUGCGCUUCAUCCAGGCGUGGCAAUCUCUGCCAGAGUUUGGCAUCACUCAUUUUCUUGCAAAGUUCCAAGGUGGAAAGAAGGAAGAGCUGAUCGGAAUCACCUACAAUCGGUUGAUUCGGAUGGACGCUCAUACUGGAGAUGCAAUCAAGACCUGGCGCUUCAGCAACAUGAAACAGUGGAAUGUCAACUGGGAGAUCAAGAUGGUGACGGUGGAGUUUGCAGAUGAGCCCAGUCUCGCUUUCAUCUGCGCUGAAGUGGACUGCAAAGUGGUGCACGAGUUCAUCGGUGGAUACAUCUUCCUGUCGACGCGCGCCAAGGACCAGAACGAAUCAUUAGACGAGGAAAUGUUCUACAAACUGACCAGCGGCUGGGUCUGACCUGUCAUGGCGGCAGAGGUCAGUGGAAGCUGCAAGCAGGAGGGCAGUGGCUUUAGGUGGAAGGUGGAGGCCUAUGGGUUUAUUUUUAUUCAAUUUCUUUGUAUUUUCAGUGUUUUGAGGCUUCUCUGGAGACUUCAGAGGAGCAUGAAAUCUGCCAUGAAUGAACCAGUUUUUAUUGUUACAGGUUUCCUGGUCAAAAUAAGUUUAAACUGACCAGGUUGGUUGUUGCUGCUCUAAUCCUUUGGUGGAAACAUCUAAAAUGAAGUUCUGGGAUUAAGCAGAAGCUUUUACACUACAUGUUUUCUCUACUCUUAAGUUAAAGGUCUCUAGCUUACAUUUAUGGCCACCUCUUUGACCCAAAUUUUAGAAAAGUUUCUUUCCUUUUUCUUCUUUUCAUCUUGCAGUCCCAUUUUAAGAAAAUGAGCUCAACAAGUGUUUCCUAAAACUUGUUAAUACAUCGCUAGACAUAAAUGAAGUUAUCUAUUUAUCAUGAAAG